AUGUGGGAUAAUAUGAUAGAAUAUUUGAAGGAUCCUCUUUUAGUUGUAAAAGUGCAAAACUUCUUUGGGGUUACAUAUAAAAAAAAUAUUACAAGUGAAGAAUCUAUCAUUCAUUCCGACAGACACGAACAAGAUAGUGAUAAUGAUAUUAGGCAACAUAAAAGAAUACCUAGUGACAUAUCUGGGACAUCACAAUCUUCUUGUGAGACCGACACAUCAUCUGAAAAUCAAGAAGAAGUGGUGUGUUUGAUAAAUAAUAAAUUCUGGUACUACCUCUUUGUAUUGGGAACAGAACUUGGUGAUGAAAUAUUUUAUGCUACAUUUAUACCAUUCUGGUUUUGGAAUAUUGAUGGUGCAGUUGGGAGACGAGUAGUUCUAGUAUGGACUAUAGUUAUGUACAUAGGUCAAGGGUUCAAAGAUAUAAUUCGAUGGCCAAGACCUGGUUACCCAGUGAAGAAGCUCCAAGAUAAAUGGGCAGUAGAAUAUGGCAUGCCUUCCACUCAUGCUAUGGUUGGGGUUUCCAUUCCUUUCUCUAUCCUGUUCUACACCAUGGAUAGAUACCAAUAUCCAGUGCAUUGGGGUAUACUGAUAUCAUUUGCAUGGUGUACAUUGAUCUGUGUCAGCAGAAUUUAUCUUGGGAUGCACAGUGUUUUAGACAUAGCAGCAGGAUUGAUUCUAGCAUCGGCACUUUUAAUAUUUUUGAUCCCGAUAGUGGACCAGCUGGACGGGUUCCUCCUGACGUCGCAGUGGUCGCCGUUGCUCGUCAUAGCGAUCUCUGUCCUCGUUAUCGUGUACCAUCCACAAUCUGAUAAGUGGACUCCUACUCGAGGGGACACGACGAUGAUAGUGAGCGUGUGCGCCGGCAUCCUGGUGGGGUCGUGGACCAACUACCAGCUCGGCAACAUGGUGGCCAGCGAGCUGGACCCGCCCUACCGGAUCAUAUGGCCCUCCAUCGAAAUGUUCGGCUGCACACUUCUCCGGACCAUCCUGGGCUUCUGCGGAGUGCUGGCUACCAGAGCCAUCGCCAAAUCCGUCUCCUACGCCUUCGUGUGCGCCCUCCUCGGGAAGGACAAGAAUGAAUUGAGAAACUCCGAAGAUAGUUUGGACAAUAAGAACAAAAUUAUAGUUGAGUGCAGUUAUAAGUACUUCACAUAUGGACUCAUAGGUUUUAACACAACAUAUGUGUUUCCGAACGUUUUCGAUCUGCUAUUCAUCAACCGACCCACCUAUUAUACUGAGAUU